CUGCAAAAACAUGACGAAUAAUAUAAAAAAAAAAAUUACUUCAUGACAUUUCAUGACGUUUGUUGGUUUAUUUUAUCUAUAAAUAUAUUUAUAAAAAAAUUUAUCGAAGAAAGGAAUCAUUAAACACAUUUCUAUACUUUGUGUCGUAAAAACUUACGAUAAUCACGUAUAGCUAUAUUAGUAAUUAUAUUAUUGGUUUUUCCAUUUUCAUUUAAAAAAAAAAAAAUGUUCAUCAAAAUUUAUUAAUAAAAGUGAACAAAAAUGCAUCAAGAAAUCAAAUAUAACAUAAUUAUAUAUCAAUUUGAAAAAAUAUUUUUUUAUUGAAUUCAAAGUUAAGAUCAUCGAAAUUCUUUCGACUUUUAUAAUUUAAAAUGCCCGAAACAACGUCUGAAGAAACAACAACGAAUACAACAGAAAAUAAUACCGAAGAUAAUAAUCAAAGAAUAAUUCCAAAUCCAAUAAGAGAUAGUCAAAAUGUAAAUAAUUUAAAUCUUGGAGCAAGAACUAUUGAACGUUCUCGAUUAUUUGUUAAUAAUAUAUCGACGACAAUUGAAGAAAUGCAACCAAUAAUUGGACAAAUUUCUUGGUCAUUUUGGCCAAAUUCACCACGACAAAAUUCUGACGAGAGAACAUUACAAAAUGAAGAAUCACAAAAUGAUAAUUUUAUAAUAAACAUGGAAACAACAUCGGAAUCUGAUGUGAUUUUGAAUCCACCACCAAAUUCACCAACAGAUCACAAUCAUUAUCAUAAUCACAAUCAUAAUAAUUCCAAUUCAAAUGAUAAUUUUCAUCGUGAUAUUCACGAGACUGAUAAUAAUGACGAUAGUCAAAAUAAUAAUAAUAAUAAUAGUGAAACUCAAGACGCUCAUUCAACAUUGAAUCCAGAAGCAAGAAAAAUGCUUAAAAUAUUACGAAAAUACAUUCCAUUAGUUUUAAUUUUACUUGUCAAAGUUCUUAUUGAUUAUAAAUAUAAAAUAAUACAUUUUUUGGUUUUAAUAUUGACAACAAUUCAAGCUGAUUCCGAUUUAAAACGUGAAAUAUCAAAACAACAAAAUCGUAAUUUCAUGUCAUUAUUUGGAAUAUUUCUUUAUAUAAUUGGUUGUAUUAUUUUUUUGAAUUUUUUAUUUGAUCAACCAAUAAUGCCAAAUAUCACAACAUUAACAAGCGCAUGGGAAUUAUUGUGGAUUGUAAUGAUCACUGAUUUUAUGAUGAAAUUAAUAACAAUUUUUUGCAAAGUUAUAUUCACUUGUUUCUCGGCGAAAAUUAUUUCACUUCAAAGUAGAGGUAAAUAUUAUCUGAUGUUGGAAGCGACGUCACAACUAUUUCGAUGUUUCAUUCCAAUUCCAUUUUGGUACAAUUUUUUAUUUGAAGCAUAUGAAGGAAUCGAAAAAUUUUAUAGUUUUAGUCUCAUAACUAUUUAUACGCUCAGCAAAGGUGGCAACAUUAUUUCCCAAUUGAAAUUAUUGAAACACGCUGUGAAUAAAAUGAUGCAACAAGUGAGUGUCGGAUCUUUUGCGACAAAAAAUCAAUUGGACGAAUCGGGGGGAAUUUGCACAAUUUGCCACGAUGAAUAUUCAUCACCAGUGAGACUUCAUUGUAAACAUAUAUUCUGUGAACUUUGUGUGAUAACAUGGUUAGAUCGAGAACGUUCCUGUCCUCUCUGUCGUGCUCCCAUCUCAGAUGAUCCAAUUUAUCGCGAUGGUCACACAUCCUAUUUUAUUCAACUUUUUUAAUCCCCUUCCAUUAUAAAAAAAAAGAAUUCUAAAAUUUGUUUAUCAAACUCUUAUUUUUUCAGUAUUCAAUCAAAAAACAUGUGAUUACAAUUCCCAUUAUUAUUAUUAUUAUUGAUUAUAAUUUUUUAAAAAUCUUUAUAUUAAUCAAACUCAUUGUAAAAUAAUUGUACACAAAACUAGAUUUACUACUAAUGUAAUUUAUGAGAAGUUGUUUUUUUUUUCGAUAAUAAGACUGGACAAUUAUUUAGUGCAAGUUACAAACUAAUUCCAGUUUUUAAAUUUUUAUAUAUUUUUUGUUUUUGUGCUUUAAUUCGAAGAAUUAAAUAUAUAUAUAUAUUUGUAACACUUGAAGAGAGUAAGAGCGUUUGUAUAAAAAAGAAGAAGGGAAAUUAAAAUAAAAAGAAUUACAUAAUUACAUUUGUAUAAACGAUGGAAUUCGUUUAAUCCAAUAUUUGUUAAAUGACUGUGUAUAAUAAAAAAUAACAAAAUUGGAUAUGAAAAAACAAAAAUGAUUCUUACUUUCAUUUCAAUUGUAUGAAGACGGAAAAAAAAAAAAAAUAUUU